CUGGUAAUUGAAAAUAUCGAAAGGGCAACUGGCAACUGCAAUCCCGUGCGAUUGUAAACCAGCCAAAAAAAAAGUGGCGUCAGAGCAAGCGAGCUGAGACCAACGUCACCUGCAUCGUUUCCGAACUUACCAUCCACUUCAAUUUGAGACUUGAGACAGCGCCAAUUGGUUUUCUUCCACCGUGCAUAUGAAUUUGACAAAUUAGGGUUUUCUUGGUGGUUUAUGAUUUUAAUCAUCAUCAAAUGGCGGGAAGGAGGAAACCUCUGGUACUCGCUUCCACCAAGUUGCUAAUUAAUUCUGUGCUCAGCUCAUCACAAGGCGCGGAAGCAAGCCCUGGAGCCGGAGACAAGCUCUUCGAUGACGACUCUCUCAGGAAUUUGCAGUUACCCGUGGGCAUUCUCCGACUCUCGGAGGAUGGAAACGAGAGAACAGAACCUCAAUCGGCUGCUCUUGACGAUUCUGCGUUGGUCGGCCUAUCAACUUCGCUUUUGAGAAGGCUUACUAUUACUGCGGGUUCACUGGUGCUUGUCAAGAAUGUUGAGAUGAACAUCCAGAGAAUUGCUCAGGCAGUUGCCUUAGAUCCUCCUGGCAGCAAUGACUGCACAUCUGGUGUUAAAUUGCCCUCUCCCCCUAUAAUGCUUGCAUUUCCUUCUUGUGCUUUCCCUCAUGGUGACACGUUAGAUCAUGAAGCUGCUUAUAUAUCUCCUCUCUUAGCUUUUAACCUCGAUUUGCACAUAACAUGCUUAGAAUCCAUUCUAUGCCAAGGGGAAGAGGCAUUAGCAUCCUAUUUCAACCUGAAAGUGGAUGGUGAGGCUACUGCAAAAAGCACGGAGACUUCUGUCAUCAACAUAGAAUUGGUACCUUUGGUUCAAGCUCCUAGGUAUGCAUCACAUUUAAGGGUUUCUUUUGUGAAGAUACCACAAUGUGGUACCCUUGAAACAAUAAGGGGAAGUUCACCUAUUGAAUCAGAAGACCGCCAGAAUAUGAUUGAUUUGGCAUUGCAAAACUAUUUUCAAGUGGAUAGAUAUUUGACAAAAGGAGAUAUUUUUAGCAUCAGCAUAAAUUGGAACUGCAAUUCCGUAGCAUGUAUUCCAUGCAACCGAGAAUCACAAAAGAAAAAUGGAAAUCUCAUCUUUUUCAAGGUCAUUGCUAUGGAACCAUCAGAUGAACCAAUUCUUCGUGUCAAUCGAUCGUCAACAGCUUUGGUGCUUGGAGGGAGCUUCUCUUCUGCUCUUCCACCAGAUUUGUUAAUUGCUGGACCAGAAGAGCCUGUGCCUUUACAACAGGACGCAGUAAAAAUUUUGGCUUCAGUGCUUACACCAGCUUGCUGUCCAUCAGCACUUUCUUUAAAAUUCAGAGUUUCAGUUCUAUUGUAUGGAUUGGAAGGUUGUGGGAAGCGGACUGUUGUUAGAUAUGUUGCUCAUCGAUUGGGCCUGCAUGUGGUGGAAUAUAACUGUCAUGAUUUAACAUUGUCAGAGAGGAACACAUCUGCUGCGCUAGUUCAAGCUUUCAAGACAGCUCGAAGAUACUCACCAACUAUACUUCUUCUGCGUCAUUUUGAAGUUUUUCGAGACAUGCAAGCUAAUGAGGGUCCAGUAAAUGAUCAAAGAGGAAAUACAUUUGAAAUUGCAUCAAUUAUUAGGAAAUUCACUGAGCCAACUCCUAAAGAUGGUGGCAUAUACUCCCAUGAGAAACCAAAUGGUGAAUUUGUUGAGAAGAGUGCUGAAAAGACAAGUGGGCAUCAGAUCCUGUUGAUUGCAGCUGCUGUUAGUUCAGAAGGUCUGCCUUCAACUAUCAGACGCUGCUUCAGCCAUGAAAUAAAAAUGGGGCCUUUGACUGAAGAGCAAAGGGCUGAAAUGCUAUCCCAGUCACUGCAAAGUGUCUCUGAAUUCCUCUCUAAUACUGAUGCUGACAGUUUUGUAAAAGAAAUAGUUGGGCAGACAUCUGGUUUUAUGCCCCGGGACAUGUGUGCUUUGAUUGCUGAUGUUGGUGCCAACCUAUUUCCCAGGAGUUCCGAAGCUGUAGACAAAGCCAGGCCUAAGGAUAUUGAUGGUUCUUUUAGUUCUGAAGUGAUGCCGGAGAGCAACCACCGGAAAGUUGCGCCAGAGGUUCAUGGCAAAGAACACUUGGCAAAAGCUUUGGAUCGAUCAAAGAAAAGAAAUGCAGUUGCAUUGGGUGCUCCAAAGGUUCCUGAUGUGAAAUGGGAAGAUGUUGGUGGGCUUGAAGAUGUAAAAAAAUCAAUCCUGGAUACUGUUCAGUUGCCUCUCCUGCAUAAGGAUCUGUUUUCAUCUGGAUUACGUAAGCGGUCUGGUGUUCUUCUGUAUGGUCCUCCUGGAACUGGCAAAACAUUAUUAGCCAAAGCUGUUGCUACCGAAUGUUCCUUAAAUUUUCUUAGUGUGAAAGGGCCUGAACUGAUUAACAUGUACAUUGGAGAGUCUGAGAAGAAUGUGCGAGACAUUUUCCAGAAGGCCAGAUCAUCACGACCAUGUGUUAUCUUCUUUGAUGAGCUUGAUUCUCUUGCUCCUGCUCGAGGUGCUUCUGGGGAUUCUGGGGGUGUUAUGGACAGAGUGGUUUCUCAGAUGCUGGCAGAGAUUGAUGGCCUGAAUGAUUCUGCACAGGAUCUCUUUAUUAUAGGUGCAAGUAACAGGCCAGACUUGAUAGACCCUGCACUUUUACGCCCUGGCAGAUUUGAUAAACUGCUGUAUGUUGGAGUUAAUUCUGAUGCAUCUUAUAGAGAGCGGGUUCUUAAAGCACUUACCCGAAAGUUUAAAUUGUCAGAAGAUGUGUCACUUUACUCAAUAGCUAAAAAGUGUCCGCCAAACUUUACUGGUGCAGACAUGUACGCCUUGUGUGCAGAUGCAUGGUUUCAGGCUGCAAAACGCAAGGUUUUAAGUGCAGAUCCAGAAUCUUCCUGUAAGGAUGACGAAGCAGAUUCUGUUGUUGUUGAAUACGAUGAUUUUGUCCAGGUCUUGGUGGAGCUGACUCCUUCUCUGUCUAUGGCUGAGCUUAAAAAGUACGAGCAACUGAGAGAUCAGUUUGAAGGGACGUCAAAAUAAUCCAUCUUACUCUUGUAUGAUUCGUUUUCCUGCAAAACCAAGACAAUAACCAUAAUAAAUAUGAAUGAUCAAUUUUGAAUGAAAAAAUAAAAAAUAAAAUGUAAUUAUUCAUGUUGCUA